AUGGCGCUCGGGAGUCGGUGGCGACCGCCACCCCAGCUGCCGCCGCUGCUGCUGCUGCUGCUGGCGCUGGCGGCGGGCGUCCGUGGCCUGGAGUUCGGCGGCGGCCCCGGGCAGUGGGCUCGUUACGCGCGCUGGGCGGGCGCGGCGAGCAGCGGCGAGCUCAGCUUCAGCCUGCGCACUAACGCCACGCGCGCGCUGUUGCUCUACCUGGACGACGGCGGCGACUGCGACUUCCUGGAGCUGCUGCUGGUGGACGGGCGCCUGCGGCUGCGCUUCACGCUGUCGUGCGCCGAGCCCGCCACGCUGCAGCUGGACACGCCGGUGGCCGACGACCGCUGGCACAUGGUGCUGCUGACCCGCGACGCGCGGCGCACGGCGCUGGCGGUGGACGGCGAGGCCCGCGCAGCUGAAGUGCGCUCCAAGCGGCGCGAGAUGCAGGUGGCCAGCGACCUGUUCGUGGGGGGCAUCCCCCCCGACGUGCGCUUAUCUGCGCUCACGCUCAGCACCGUCAAGUACGAGCCGCCUUUCCGCGGCCUCCUGGCCAACCUGAAGCUGGGCGAGCGGCCACCGGCUCUGCUGGGCAGCCAGGGCCUGCGCGGCGCGGCUGCCGAUCCCCUGUGCGCUCCCGCACGCAAUCCCUGCGCCAACGGCGGCCUCUGUACCGUGCUCGCCCCCGGCGAGGUGGGCUGUGAUUGCAGCCAUACUGGCUUCGGCGGCAAGUUCUGCAGUGAAGAGGAACACCCUAUGGAAGGUCCGGCUCACCUGACGUUAAACAGCGAAGUAGGGUCCUUACUGUUCUCCGAGGGGGGGGCCGGGAGAGGAGGAGCCGGCGAUGUGCACCAGCCGACAAAAGGAAAGGAGGAAUUUGUGGCAACCUUCAAGGGCAAUGAGUUCUUCUGCUACGACCUGUCACACAACCCGAUCCAGAGCAGCACUGAUGAGAUCACACUGGCCUUCCGCACCCUGCAGCGCAACGGGCUGAUGCUGCACACGGGCAAGUCGGCCGACUACGUCAACCUGUCCCUCAAGUCUGGGGCUGUCUGGCUGGUCAUCAACCUAGGCUCGGGCGCCUUCGAGGCCCUCGUGGAACCCGUCAAUGGCAAGUUCAACGACAACGCCUGGCACGACGUCCGGGUUACCCGAAACCUGCGCCAGCACGCAGGGAUCGGACACGCUAUGGUAAACAAACUGCAUUAUCUGGUGACCAUCUCGGUGGACGGGAUCCUGACCACCACAGGCUACACACAGGAGGACUACACUAUGCUGGGCUCCGAUGACUUCUUCUACAUCGGGGGCAGCCCCAACACAGCCGACCUGCCUGGCUCACCCGUCAGCAACAACUUCAUGGGCUGCCUCAAGGACGUGGUCUACAAGAACAAUGACUUCAAGUUGGAGCUGUCCCGCCUGGCAAAGGAAGGGGACCCAAAGAUGAAGCUGCAGGGGGACUUGUCUUUUCGCUGUGAGGAUGUGGCUGCCCUGGACCCCGUGACCUUUGAGAGUCCUGAGGCCUUUGUCGCAUUGCCCCGCUGGAGCGCCAAGCGCACUGGCUCCAUCUCUCUGGACUUCCGAACCACGGAGCCCAAUGGGUUGCUGCUCUUCAGCCAGGGCCGGCGGGCUGGGGCCGGGGUAGGCAGCCACAGCUCUGCCCAGAGGGCCGACUACUUUGCCAUGGAGCUGUUGGAUGGUUACCUCUACCUCCUGCUGGACAUGGGCUCUGGGGGCAUCAAGCUGCGGGCGUCCAGCCGCAAGGUCAAUGACGGCGAAUGGUGCCACGUGGACUUCCAGAGGGACGGGCGCAAAGGCUCCAUCUCUGUGAACAGCCGCAGCACACCAUUCUUGGCCACGGGAGAGAGCGAGGUCCUGGACCUGGAGAGUGAGCUGUAUCUGGGUGGCCUCCCUGAGGGGGGCCGGGUGGACCUGCCACUGCCCCCUGAGGUGUGGACAGCUGCUCUCCGGGCUGGCUACGUGGGCUGUGUUCGAGACCUCUUCAUAGAUGGUCGGAGUCGAGAUCUCCGGGGCCUGGCCGAGGCCCAGGGGGCUGUGGGUGUUGCUCCCUUCUGCUCUCGGGAGACGCUGAAGCAGUGUGCGUCAGCCCCCUGUCGAAACGGGGGCGUCUGUCGAGAGGGCUGGAACCGGUUCGUCUGUGAUUGCGUCGGGACUGGCUUUCUGGGUCGGGUCUGUGAGAGAGAGGCCACUGUCCUAAGCUAUGAUGGCUCCAUGUACAUGAAGAUCAUGCUGCCCAAUGCCAUGCACACAGAGGCAGAGGAUGUGUCCCUGCGCUUCAUGUCCCAGAGGGCCUAUGGACUCAUGAUGGCCACCACCUCCAGGGAGUCAGCUGACACUCUGCGUCUCGAGCUGGACGGGGGGCAGAUGAAGCUCACCGUCAACCUCGACUGCCUGCGCAUCGGCUGCGCACCUAGUAAAGGCCCCGAGACUCUCUUUGCGGGGCACAAGCUCAAUGAUAAUGAGUGGCACACAGUGAGGGUGGUCCGGCGUGGCAAGAGCCUGCAGCUGUCCGUGGACAACGUGACCGUGGAGGGACAGAUGGCUGGAGCCCACACUCGGCUGGAGUUCCACAACAUUGAGACGGGCAUCAUGACAGAGCGGCGGUUCAUCUCUGUGGUGCCCUCCAACUUCAUCGGGCACCUGAGCGGGCUGGUGUUCAACGGUCAGCCCUACAUGGACCAGUGUAAAGACGGGGACAUCACCUAUUGUGAGCUUAAUGCUCGUUUUGGUCUGCGUGCCAUUGUGGCCGAUCCUGUCACCUUCAAGAGUCGUAGCAGCUACCUGGCUUUGGCUACGCUCCAAGCCUAUGCCUCCAUGCACCUCUUCUUCCAGUUCAAGACCACGGCCCCUGACGGGCUUCUGCUGUUCAACUCAGGCAACGGCAAUGACUUCAUUGUCAUCGAGCUGGUCAAGGGGUACAUCCACUACGUGUUUGACCUGGGGAAUGGUCCGUCCUUGAUGAAGGGGAACUCCGACAAACCGGUCAAUGACAACCAGUGGCACAAUGUGGUGGUGUCCAGGGACCCAGGCAACGUGCACACGCUGAAGAUCGACUCCCGCACUGUCACGCAGCAUUCCAAUGGUGCCCGAAAUCUGGAUCUCAAAGGGGAGUUGUACAUCGGUGGCCUGAGCAAGAACAUGUUCAGCAACCUACCCAAGCUGGUGGCCUCUCGGGAUGGCUUUCAGGGCUGCCUGGCCUCUGUGGACCUCAACGGGCGCCUCCCAGAUCUCAUUGCUGACGCCCUGCACCGAAUCGGGCAGGUGGAGAGGGGCUGUGACGGCCCCAGCACCACCUGCACCGAAGAAUCUUGUGCCAACCAGGGCGUCUGUUUGCAGCAGUGGGAUGGUUUUACCUGUGACUGCACCAUGACUUCCUACGGAGGCCCUGUCUGCAAUGACCCUGGGACCACAUACAUCUUUGGGAAGGGGGGCGCGCUCAUCACCUACACAUGGCCCCCCAAUGACCGGCCCAGCACGAGGAUGGACCGCCUGGCUGUGGGCUUCAGCACCCACCAGCGGAGCGCUGUGCUGGUGCGAGUGGACAGCGCCUCCGGCCUCGGGGACUACCUGCAGCUGCACAUUGACCAGGGCACUGUUGGGGUGAUUUUUAAUGUGGGCACGGACGACAUUACCAUUGAUGAGCCCAACGCCAUCGUGAGUGACGGCAAAUACCAUGUGGUGCGAUUUACUCGAAGCGGUGGCAAUGCCACCCUACAGGUGGACAGCUGGCCAGUCAACGAACGGUACCCAGCAGGAAACUUGGAUAACGAGCGCCUGGCGAUUGCUAGACAGAGAAUCCCCUACCGGCUUGGUCGAGUAGUAGAUGAGUGGUUGCUCGACAAAGGACGCCAGCUGACCAUCUUCAACAGCCAGGCUGCCAUCAAGAUUGGGGGCCGGGAUCAGGGCCGCCCCUUCCAGGGCCAGGUGUCCGGCCUCUACUACAAUGGGCUCAAGGUACUGGCGCUGGCCGCCGAGAGCGACCCCAACGUGCGGACUGAAGGCCACCUACGCCUAGUAGGGGAGGGGCCUUCCGUGCUGCUCAGUGCGGAGACCACUGCCACCACACUGCUGGCUGACAUGGCCACCACCAUCAUGGAGACCACCACCACCAUGGCCACCACCACCACUCGCCGGGGCCGCUCCCCCACAAUGAGGGACAGCACCACCCAGAACACAGAUGACCUCCUGGUGGCCUCGGCUGAGUGUCCAAGUGAUGAUGAGGACCUGGAGGAGUGUGAGCCUAGUACUGCCAACCCCACGGGGCCGGGGGAGCGCGGCCCGCCGGGCGCGGUGGAGGUGAUCCGUGAAUCCAGCAGCACCACGGGCAUGGUGGUGGGCAUCGUGGCGGCGGCGGCGCUCUGCAUCCUCAUCCUUCUCUACGCCAUGUACAAGUACCGCAACCGCGACGAGGGCUCCUACCAAGUGGACCAGAGCCGGAAUUACAUCAGUAACUCGGCCCAGAGCAAUGGGGCGGUGGUGAAGGAGAAGGCCCCUGCUGCCCCCAAGACGCCCAGCAAGGCCAAGAAGAACAAAGACAAGGAGUAUUACGUCUGAGCACCCAGUCCAGGCACCGCGCCCCACUGCCAACUGCUCCUCCCGGGAGGGCCCGGGAGGAGGGUGCGGCCCUCUCCCUGCAGGGGGACCUGGGGACUCUCUCCCCAGCUGCCUCAGGCUUCUCCCACGAAGAGGAAACGCAAAAAAAAGAAAAGGAAUAUAACUACGUGCUCAUCCCCUUCCCUCCCGCUGCCCACGGCGCCGCACCGUCAGCUCUGGGGCUGGCUGUCCUUCUCAGCUCUGCGCCUGUCAGGCAGGGCACGUGCUCACAGCCCUGGGUUGAUUUAUUUUUUUAAGGGGGGUAGUUUUAUUUUGGUGGGGCUGGGCGGGAAGGAAGGCUGGGGUUUUGUAAAGUGUCCACUGCGCCGUCCGUUUAUUUCCCUCGAUUUUCUUCCUCCCUGUUCCUCCUGCCUUCCUUCUCCUUCUCAGCCCUCCUGUCCCGGUUCAGGCUUGCUGUGUCUCUUGUCCCUACCCUCCUCACUCUCCCCCCUUUUUUUUUUUCUUUUUUUUUUUCUUUUUCUUUUUUUAAAGAUUUCUGUUUUCUCUGCUUCCCUCUCUUUGGAUUUCCAGAGACGCCGGGAGAAGAGGCGUGGGAGGGUGGGCCCAGAGGGGCCCAGCUUGGGUGGCUGGGUCCGGGCAGUGGGGUUCAUUCUCCUAGUGCCCCAAGUCCCCUCAAAAGGAGAAGCUCCUGCCUGGGGCCGCCUAGGGAUGGGGCUUGGGUCUGGUCAAGGCCUGUUGUGUGUGUCGCUGCCGGGCAACGUGCAUUGCUGGGA